AUGCAGCUCUCCCACCUCACCCUCGUACCGUUGAUACUCGGCGGCCUCCCCGGGGCUCUGGCCUGGGGAAGUCUGGGCCACAUCACGGUCGCGUACCUCGCGUCGCGGUUCGUGGCGCCGCAGACCGAGACCUACCUGCAGACGCUGCUGCGCAACGACACGGAUGCCUACCUCGCCGGCGUGGCGACCUGGGCCGACAGCAUCCGGUACACGAAAUGGGGCCACUUCACAGGCGUCUUUCACUUCAUCGACGCCAAGGAUGACCCGCCGAGGUCGUGCAGCGUCGACAUGGACCGCGACUGCAAGGACCAGGGCUGCGUCGUGACGGCGCUGCAAAACUACACGUCGCGCAUGAUGGACCUCGACCGCCUCAUGGCGUGGGAGCGCGCCCAGGCCGCAAAGUUCGUCGUGCACUUCGUCGGCGACAUGCACCAGCCGCUGCACGACGAAAACGUCGCCCGCGGCGGCAACGGCAUCCACGUGCUGUGGCACGGCCGCGAGUACAACCUGCACUCGGUCUGGGACAGCGCCAUCGCCGAGAAGCUGCGCGGCGGGGUCCGGCGCGGCCGUGGCAUGUACGACGCCGCCAAGGCUUGGGCCGAUGAGCUGGAGCGCGAGGUCAGGGCCGGUAGAUUCCGGGCCGAGAGCGAGGGUUGGCUCGACGGGGUUGAUCUAGCCGAUCCCGUAGGCACGGCUCUCACAUGGGCCAGGCAGGGGAAUGCCUAUGUUUGCAGCCAUGUCCUUCCCGAAGGCCCCGAAGCCAUCAAAGGCCAAGAGCUCAGCGGUAAAUACUACGAGGAGGCUGCGCCCGUCAUCGAGAGUCAAGUCGCCCGGGCCGGCUUCCGGUUGGCUCGUUGGCUAGACCUCAUCGUCAAGAACAUACACGAGUCGUCGUCGGUUUCUUCGAUUACCGACCUUUGA